CCCGCAAUCAGCUGGGCCCAGCCGGGGCUGCGGGCAGCGCUGAGCUGGCGGGGCCUGGGCGGCCACGGGCCCGAAGAACUCGGCCUCCGCGUCCGGGUCCCGCGGCCGCCCCGCGCGCCCUUCCUCCUCGCUGCCAGGAGGUCGGCGCGCUCUUGCAGCCCCUCCAUUCUCCACUCCUGUUAGGUUUUUAGAACUUCAACUAUAAAAAUGGGCAGAAUUUUCCUUGAUCAUAUUGGUGGUACCCGUCUGUUUUCUUGUGCAAACUGCGAUACGAUUCUGACCAACCGCUCAGAACUCAUCUCCACUCGAUUUACAGGUGCCACUGGAAGAGCAUUUCUUUUUAACAAGGUAGUUAACCUGCAGUACAGUGAAGUGCAAGACCGGGUCAUGCUUACUGGCCGCCACAUGGUUCGAGAUGUGAGCUGUAAAAACUGCAAUAGCAAACUGGGAUGGAUCUAUGAGUUUGCCACUGAAGACAGCCAGCGUUAUAAGGAAGGCCGUGUGAUCCUGGAACGUGCUCUAGUUCGAGAGAGUGAGGGUUUUGAGGAGCAUGUACCAUCUGAUAACUCUUGAAGAAAAAGAGAGAACUUCAUCUUUUCCCAGGUCUCCUUCACUGAAAACAAAAAUCUACUUACAUACACUGUCACCUUAGCACAGAGUCGGAUUCAUGAACUGCGGAACAAGAGGUUAUGAGAAUUUAAGAUGGAACCUUUCUUUCUUUUUUUUAAUUUUCUAUUUUACAUCCAACAACAGUAUGUAGAGAGAAUAUUAUGCAGAUGCUGUUAAAUUUUUUUCCCUACUUUUACAUCUUGAGGCAGAAUAAUCUAUCUGCAGCUACAUGGUGGGCUAUGUGAGAAAAAAAUCUGCGCUAUUAGAGUGGAAAAAUGUGUUUUAUGUAAAUUUUGAAAGGAAAAUGUGUUAAGAGCAUGGUUUUUAAAUGUAUUUGGGCUUUAUUUUAAAACUCUUUUUAUUUCACUUGAUUUGCUAGCUUCAGAGAAGAGAUCCGAAUUUGUGACCAGCGCUAAAGGUUCAGUGUUAGUAUGGCUUGUGCUGGCCAUUGUGCCAUAAUCUUGUGGAGAUGAACCAUAGCACCAGAGCCCAUUCUUCCUUGUCGGUCUUGACCCAAAGAUGCCACCAUUCCUAGUUACUUGUCACCACGUAAUUGGUGUUGAUUGGAAACUUUUCCUGAAAUGGGGCAGAACUGCUUGGUGUCCUUUCCAUGUAACGUAAGCAUAGUAAUAUAAAUAAAGUAAUAGUUGAAUGUUUUUGGUCCUGUGUUGCUUUUAAAAAACAUUCUUUAAAAGAGUAGUAUAUUUGAUCAUUUUCAUAUUACUGUUUCUUUUCAACUCUUAAGCUAAAUUGACUGCUUAUGAGAUACUACUUUGUUUAAAUUAAAGCAUACUGUUUAAAUCCCUACAGUAUUGUAUUUAGAAAACAGUUGAACAGAAUGUCAAUGUGCAUUCAUGCAGAAAGCAUAUCAUCUGCAUCUGUUCUAAAAGAGAGGGGGAGAUGAAGCAGCCUGUCUAAAAAUACUACUCUGCAAAGCAUUUCAGCCUGUCCUCAGUUUUGCUUUGAUUUUGACAAGUCUGUAGAGCCUAAUAGUUUCAUCAAAGGACUAGCUCUCAUAAGCAUUAUUUUCUCAACUCUUUCCUAACUCAGCUAUUGAAAUUGAAGCUGUACUUGGUCCCUUCAAGUGGAAGGGAAUCAAAUUUGACUCAGGGUGUUAAUCUUAGCCCAAAAUUUACAUUAUGAACUAUUAACAUGUAAAUGUUUCUUUAUUCAAAGUAUUUCUAGUAAUCUAGUAUUUGUUUCUGGUAGAGUAAAUGACAUUAAAAUUGGCUAAUUUGAAUGGAUGUUUGAGUGCCCAAUUUAUAGGUCUUUGUCUAAAGAGUAAUUUAUCUCAAUUAGUAAGUCUGUCAUUGAUAUUAGACGUAACUUGUCAGUACAGUUAAGAUUAAAUUUCUCUUACCUUUGGGCUCUUGGUUAGAGGCAUAGAAAUCUGGUUAGUAGGUAUAUAAUGCAUUUGAGAUAAGUGGACACAAAUUCUGUGUUUCCUUCACUGUGGACUAAAUCUUCAAGCAUUAAGAAACAAGAUUCAUUCCCAUUCAUUUCAUACCGGUCUUUGAUUAUAUGCAGAUUCCUAGUAGCAUGCCUUACUUAUAGCACUGUGUGCAUUUGCUGUUAUAAUAAAGUAUAUUUUGACUUGCA